CAAAUUGCUUGCCCGCUUCAUAUUGCUACUGUUUAUUAAUUGCUACCUAGGAGCACUAAGUGUACGCAUGCCAGUUCUAACCAUUCGGUCAGUUGAAUCCUUCACAACUAGUUCCUUCUGAAUCAUCUGCUCGUUCGGGCGUGUUUCGCUUCGUUCAGCAACAAUGCCAACGUUGAGCGGGCGUUUGCGUCAAUCCGUCCGAGUGCAAGUGUUCCGCGAGUACUGUGCCAACAGCUCCAUUCACGGUGUACGUUACUUCGAUCGUGAUGAACGUACGGCCUGUGAAAGAUUCUGGUGGCUGGUGGUCUUUCUUCUCUCUAUGCUGGGCUGUUGCGUGAUGAUAUACAAGGCGUACGUGAAAUGGAACCAAACUCCAAUCAUUGUUACCUUUUCGGAGAAAACCACUCCGGUUUGGGAUAUUCAUUUUCCUUCCAUUACUAUCUGUCCCGAGACAAAGGUAUACGCAAGGACGCUUAACCUCACUGCUGAAAUGGAAAUAUUGUUGAAGGAUUACAAUGACAACAACGGCACAUCUGACCGGGAGUCCAUCGAACAGUUGAAAGCCGUCGCACAGCUGUGCAACACGAUGUUUCACUUCAAAUAUGACUUUUUGCAGUACCUAAAUGGUACUAAGGACAAUGUCAUUUUCAUGAUGAAGAAGCUGUCUUUGUCACGCCACGAUACACUUGGGUUUUGCCAAUACAGUAACCAAUACAUGCUCUGUGCCGAGCAUUUGAAGGAGACGCUCACCGACGAGGGUUUCUGUUACACCUUCAAUGUGAUGCCGGAAGAGGACAUCUUUCGCAAAAGCUCACUCCACACGGACUAUACGUACACGGAGAGUUGGUUCUCUAUCUCGGAACAUGAAUCACUGGCACCACUGUACGCCCGUGGUGCAGGAUUGCAUGCUGGACUUUUACUAUAUCUAAAGCAAGCAAAGGAAGACGUGGACUACAUGUGCACGGGGUUCUCGCAAGGGUACAAGCUUAUGAUCCAUGAUCCGGGCGAGUACCCGCAGGUGUCGAUGCGCAACAUGCGCAUACCGUUUGGUCACGAGAUCUCGAUCGCGCUCAAGCCUCAAAUGAUGAUCACCUCUCAAUCGGCUGCCGAUUUUAGCUGGGAGAAGCGUCAGUGCUUCUUCAAUCACGAGCGUCAUCUUCGAUACUUUAAGAUCUACAACCAAGAAAACUGCGAACUAGAAUGCUUGACAAACGUGACGCAGGCAAUGUGUGGGUGUGUUCGUUUUUCAAUGCCACGAUCAAACGACACGAAAGUUUGCCCAUUGUCGAUGUUUCAUUGCAUGUCCGAUGCCAAAUGGAUUGUGUAUGACAUUGACGAUCCUGAUCGUCCAGUCAACGAAAAGAUCACGGCAAUGGUCAACAGAUGUAACUGUUUGCCAGCAUGUAGCUCAAUAUCUUACGACGUGGAAACUACGCAAAGUAAGCUGGAUCUGGAAAAGUUUCUGCACGUUAACCAUGUGUAUGAAUCAGACAAGUUUUAUAUUACAACGAUAGCGAUUUACUUCAAGGAGACGUACUUCAUCACCUCGAAACGAUCGGAGCUGUACGGAUGGGUAGACUUUCUGGCAAACUGUGGUGGACUGUUAGGCUUGUUCAUGGGUGUGAGCAUUCUUAGUCUGUUGGAGAUAUGUUAUUUCAUUACGAUUCGACCAUUUACAGUGAGGAAGAGAUUAGGUAGGUUGGAUCAGCACAAAGCAAAUGAAGUCCACAAUUCACUGCUGGCCGUUGUUACUAAAACUGAAUAG